UUCCGACACUAGAACCUUUGUAUAUAGUUUUCGGUAACCUUCGGCAGGGGGCGCUCGGAAGUUGUCGUCACUUUCCGGACAGCCUCCGGGACUUUACCCUCCAGAAAUUCGUGCAGUGUUUCCGGCUCUUCUCAGUUGUAGACGCUCGUAAGUUUUCGGCGGUUUUCGGGGAGACUCGGGGACUCCGCGUCUCGCUCGCUCUGUUCCGAUCGCCGGGUGCGGCGGGACAGGGUCUGGGGCUAGCCAUGGCGUCCCCUUCUCGAAGGCUGCAGACGAAACCCGUCAUUACUUGUUUCAAGAGUGUCCUCUUGAUCUACACGUUCAUCUUCUGGAUCACUGGUGUUAUCCUUCUUGUUGUUGGCAUUUGGGGGAAGGUGAGCCUGGAGAAUUAUUUUUCCCUUUUGAAUGAGAAGGCCACCAACGUCCCCUUCGUGCUCAUUGGCACUGGCACUGUCAUUAUUCUUUUGGGCACAUUUGGCUGUUUUGCUACCUGCCGAGCUUCUGCAUGGAUGCUAAAACUGUAUGCAAUGUUUCUGACUCUCGUUUUCUUGGUCGAACUGGUCGCUGCCAUCGUAGGGUUUGUUUUCAGACAUGAGAUUAAGAACAGCUUCAAGAGUAAUUAUGAAAAUGCUUUAAAACAAUAUAACACUACAGGAGAUUAUAGAAGCGAUGCAGUAGACAAGAUCCAAAAUACGUUACAUUGUUGUGGUGUCACCAACUUUAAUGAUUGGAAGGUUACCGCCUAUUACUCAGAAAAAGGAUUUCCUAAAAGCUGCUGUAAACUUGAAGAUUGUUCUCCACAGAAAGAUGAAGAUAAAGUAAACAGUGAAGGUUGUUUUAUAAAGGUGAUGACCAUUAUAGAGUCAGAAAUGGGAGUUGUUGCAGGAAUUUCUUUUGGAGUCGCUUGCUUCCAGCUGAUUGGAAUCUUUCUCGCCUACUGCCUCUCUCGAGCCAUAACAAAUAACCAGUAUGAAAUAGUAUAACCAGCGUAUCACAGGCUUACUCCUCUCCAACUUUAAGGACAUUUAUAUCCUCCCCUCCCCCUGUGAACUACAAUACUGCCUGGAUGGAGGACUGACUAACUACUUACGGAUAGACUGAAAAAUUACGAUAGUCUGAUUCAAUCAAGACAUUUAUUCAGUGUUACAAGUCCACUUUCUGUCCCAUUCAUGUUAGAUCAUUGAAACACCCCAUAUCACUCUGAAACACUGGAAGAGCUAGUAAAUUGUAAAUGAAGCAAUACGGUGUUCCUCUUGACUUAUUUUUCUCAAUGUGGGGUGUUUGAAAUGCACUGUGAGUUUGCUGUUUUCAUGUAGUGUAUAAGAGAGAAAAUUGACCCCUUUGAAUUUACUGUUAAUGUGUCAGGAAAUGGACCCCUCUGAACUGCCCCCUUCUCAGCCAAGGUUAUCUGAUUGAUUGUAUAAUUUGUGUCAAAAAGUUGACAAGGUUUUGUUAGUCUCUGUUCUGUUGAUAGGCAGAGUCACGUUGUAGAAUGUUAGUGCAGCCUGUAGUUGGAUGGCACCCAUCAGCAUUGCCAGAAUGGUGGUAAGGGUCUUUGACCUAAGCCCCCCAAGACUAAAAUGGCAUACCAGCGUUCUGUGACAUCAGGUUGUAGAACAAGUAACUGCAUUUCUUUGCUUCCAAAUUGAGGUAUUUGUUCUGUUUAUAUUUCCCCCAUUGUUUGAAAGGUUCUAUUACUUUAACGGUGUCGGAAUUGUUAUUUUCCUUAGGGAUUUAAAGCAUCUCGUAUUCAUUCGUUUUAGCUAGUAUUUCCUUGCCAGGUUGAUAGGACUUCAUUGUCAAUAUUAUGGUCAACUUUAAUAAUAGUCUUAGUUUCGAUGUGUGCCUUUGAUUAAUAAAUAUAAAUCUUUUAAACAAUAAAUACUGUUUUCUUCUAAAAUCGUCUUUACAUUAACUUAGAAAAUCUGCUGGGGUGCUUGUUCCCCACUGGGAAAGUGAAGCCCCACAUUUCGACUUGGAAUACAGUUUGGGGUAUGAAAUGUAAAACUGGGGUCUGAUUCCAUGUCAUUAAGAGAUAUUAACAUCCCUGUUUACAAAAACAACUCCCUGUGAAAGGACUGCUUGUGAUAAAAUGGCCUAUGCUUAGCAUUCUGUAGAUCAAAUGUUGUGGAGCUGAUGGGGAGAGUUGAAACCUGCACCUUUGUGGAGUAAUGAAAUUAAUAAACUUCGAGUUG